AUGAGCCGCUCCCGCUCCAAAACCCCAAAACCCGCCAGCGACCAGCCGCGCAUCUUCGUAGACGUCCGCCUCAGCGACGGCAUGGACGGCGGGCUCAUGGUGCGCGAGAUCCUGGAGAAGCUCGGCGCGCGCGUCCUGCGGUCCUGGGCCGGGACCCGCGCGCGCGCGACGCACCUGGUCUGGAAGGACGGCGACGCGCGGACGCAGGAGGAGGCGCGGAACUGCGGCGCCGCGGUCGUCGGCCUGUCCUGGGUGAACGCCUGCCGGGACGUCAACGGCAUCGCGCCGACGCGGGGCCACGAGAUCGCGCCGGCCGCGCGGUCGACGGCGCGCGCGUUCCUCAUCCAGCGCGAGCUCGCGACGACGGCGCGCAAGCGGCGCCAGACGCCGCGCGCGCCCGACACGGCGCGGCUGCGCGCCGAGGACCUGCCCGGCAGCGACGACCCCCGCUUCCGCUCCACCACUUCCGGCGAGCGGACGCCGGCGAUCGCGCCGACGGCGCCCUGGAGCGACGGCUCCGAGGGGGACCCCGCGCCGCGCACGGUCGGCGUCGUCGAGGGCACUCCAGCCGUCGAGGCGCCGCGCACGGCCAUCCGCGAGGCCUGGUCCUUCACGCAGCGCGACCGGCGGUCGUCCGGCGCGGCGGCGCCGACGCAGGCCGUCUCGAGCGGCAGCGGAAAGCGGUCGUCCGCCGCCACGGACAUCUACUCCCAGAGUGGCACCGAGGCCGCGCCGACGCAGCCGACGCAGCCCCAGCCGCCGCCCGGGACCCUCUUCUCGCCGCCGGCCGAGGCGCCCGCGCCCGCGCCGACGACGCGCGGCUCGCGGACGUCCGCCGCGGGCGGCGCCGCGAAUUUACUAUUGUCGGCGCGGGACCGCUACUGGGACGACGAGCCGUCGGCGCGCCGGCGCGCGCGCGGCCGCCGCGCGACGCGCGGCUCGCUCGCGCCGGACCCGACGCUGCGCCUCGACGCGCGCCUCGAGGCCGCGUCCCAGGAGUCGUCGCGGCCCCGGAGCGGCGCCACGGCGCGGUCGUCCCUGACGAGCCCGCCCGCGCCGGCCGCGCGCAAGCGCCGCCGCGCCGUCGGCGGCACGCCGCCUGCCGCGCCCGAGACAACGCCGGCGCCGCCCGCCGCGCGGCCGGCGCCGGCCCAGCCGCGGCGCGGCGCGGCGCCGGCGGCGACGACAGCGAACCCGUUGCACGCGCGCGCCUCGCCGAAGGCGGCCGCGCGGUCGCGCAAGCGGCGGCGCGUCAUCCCCGAAGACCCUGCCGACGCCACGCCGGCGCCGCGCGACGUCAUCGUCAUCGACGGCUCGCCCGAGGAGGCAAAAGCGGCGGCUCCGGCUCCGCCGCCGGCGCGGCGGCGGGGCGCGGCCGUGGCCGCGCCGCCGGAGGAGGCCACGACGAACCCGCUGCUGCGCGCGGCCGCGUCGCCGCCGCCGGCCGUGCCCGCGCCCGCACUCGCGCCUGCGCCGGCUGCACCGCCCCGCGCGGCGCCGGCCCAACCGCGGCGCGGCGCGGCGCCGGCGACUUCCAACCCGAUGCAUGCGCGCGACUCGCCGACGGCGAACCGCACGCGCCGGCGGUCGCGCGGCGCCGCCGCCAUCGACGACGACGAGGCCGCGCGACCGGCCAAAAGGCCGCAGACUUUAGUCAUAUCCGCGUCCGGUGUUGAUCCAGCGGGCCGCACGGCGCUGCGCGCGGCGGCCGCAGCCGUCGAGCGCGCGGGCGGCGGCAAAGCGCGCUUCGCCGACGACGAACUGCUCGCGAAACUCAAAGGGGUGCUGCCCGCGCGGGCGACACAUUUGGUGGCCCAAGCCACGGAUGAGGAUGCGAAGCCACCCCGCACGCUCAAGGUUCUGUUCGCGCUCGCACGCGGCGGCUGUGCGAUCGUGCGACCGUCUUGGGUCGAAGCUUCGCGGAGUGCGGGACGCUGGGCAGACGUCGACGACCACCUCGCUGGAUAUGGCCCGCCGCGGGCCGCAGGCGCCGGCCGGCGUAUCCUCGACGGGCUGGCCGUGCACGUCGCUCCCUCGGCGCUCGGGCCCAAGGAUCCUUCGUCGUCCGCGCUGACGGCGCUCGUCUCGGCGGCGGGCGGAAGGUCUGUCGCGUUGCGCCACGCGGCGGUCGCGCUCGUCGGCACGAACUGGAAGCCCUCGGACUGCCGCCAAGCGGGGUUGCGAGCACUGCACCGGAGCGGAUGCGCACUACGCUUCCGAUGGCUCUGCGAAGCCGUCGAGGCGGGCGACGCGGGCGCGGUGGCGCGGGAGUUGUACGCGACGAACCACUAA